GGUGCCGGCAUACUUCUCCUGAUCGUCUCUGGCCCGGGAGCAGCGCAGUUCUGAGGGUAAUGUCCUUUCUCCAUUCAUUCAAGGGGGAAUUGAGUGGAGAGGCUGCCACUGGGGAAGAAAUGUCAGCGGCGAUGUAUGUUCUCUCCGCUCUGGGAGGUUAUGUGCUCUCCUCGGCUUUGCUCUUCAGGUGCCCGGGAUUGCUGCACAAAAAACAGAAACAGAGCUUCAGGAGCCGGCAUAUCUCACACCGCGGAGGUGCAGGAGAGAAUCUGGAAAACACAAUGGCGGCCUUCAGGCAUGCCGUGCAGUUGGGAACAGAGAUGCUGGAGCUUGAUUGUCACAUUACCAAAGAUGGCCAAGUGGUUGUGUCACAUGAUGACAAUUUGAAAAGAACCACUGGAGUUGAUGUGGACAUAGCUGACCUCACUUUCGCAGUAACUCCCCCGCCUUACCAUUGCAGGCUGCAUGUCUCUUUCAAGAAAGAUAGCUUCUGUGUGGGUGGAGAAGAAAGAAAGAUCCCUCUCCUGCGGGAUGUAUUUGAAGCCUUUCCAAAGAUUCCCAUUAACAUUGACAUCAAGGUCAACAAUGAUGCUCUUAUUGAAAAGGUAUCAGAUUUGGUGAAGGAAUUUAAUCGACAGGACAUCACUGUCUGGGGCAACACCAGUAACAAUAUUGUGAAGAAAUGUUACAAGGUGAAUCCGAAUAUUCCAAUCUUGUUCAGUCUGCAGCGAGUGCUUCUACUUCUAGGGUUGUUUUACACGGGGCUCCUGCCUUUCUUCCCGAUUCGGGAGCAGUUCCUGGAGAUCCCCAUGCCCUCCAUAAUGCUGAAGUUAAAAGAUUCAAAGAAGAUUUCAAGGAUUUACCGGUUUAUGAUUUGGCUCGCUGACACUUUGCUAAUGAGGAAAUCUCUGUUCGAGCAUCUGAAAGCACGAGGAAUUCAGAUUUACAUAUGGGUCUUAAAUGACGAGGAAGACUUCAAGAGAGCCUUUGAACUGGGAGUGACUGGGGUCAUGACAGAUUAUCCAACCCAGUUGAAGAAGUUUCUGGAACACUAUCCCUGCAGAGAUCAGUAGGAAUGGAGAUGAGAAGGGCAUGGGGGGUAGGUGGGUGACAGAGAGGGGAACAAGGCCAAAGAAAACCCUUCGGCUUAUGAUACCAGUUUUGCCCUGUCAAUUCAGUAUUUUUGGAACAGAAGCAAAUGCCACAUUCACUGCAGCAAAAACAAGGAAGUUCCCAAUCAUUCAGGCUUGUUCAUUGUCAGUUAACUAUAAUUUAUGGUUGCAGAAAAUGUUCGCCUUUUGAAGUUAAUAACUUUGAAGUGUGCACGAGGACUGAGUCUGGUUAUUUCGGGACAAGACUCUCCUAUUUGGUCAUGAAUGUGACACUUUUAUCUUUUGUUACUGACUCAUCCAAGUCUGUUUAUAAAGCAACCUGUUGGAUUUCUAUUAAGAUGAUGUAGUUGAAACCAUUGAAUCACAGAAUCUUACAGCACAGAAGGAGACAAUUCAGUCCAAUGUGCCUGUACUGGCUCACUGCAUGAGACAUCCAUUUAGUCCUAAAAACACACAUUCCUUUUUUAAAUAUUAAUCCUGUUCACUUUUGAAAGUUAUGAUUGGUAUCUGCUCCCACCACCCCAUAGCAUUUGAAUAGAGCAUUCUGGAAAUGUUUAAGCUAGUGACCAGUGGAACGUCAAUUUUUGCUGUUAGAGUUUAUGUUCACUGUUGGUCUAAAAGAGGUGUAGGUACAGAGAUUGUGAUAUAUCAACAAAGAAUCCACACUUAGAAGAUGGCAUGGCUGUGUGCUGAAUAUGGUUGAAGUUUUGCAUCCUUCUCUCAUCAGGAUUAGUACAAGAAUGCAAAAUUUUGGUUAGUCACAGCUAUUUAUACCAAAAGCAAUAAAAGGUGUGGAUUUCUUGAAAGUCAAUUCUGGCUGAGGCACUGUCAUGGAGAAGUAAACAUGGGGAAAUAUAGGCUUUACAAAAAAAGGCUUACAUCUUCGGUCCGCCUCCCCCCCUCUCCCUAUUUAUUCCAGUUCCCUCCCCCCAUCCCCCUCUCUGAUGAAGGGUCUAGGCCCGAAACGUCAGCUUUUGUGCUCCUGAGAUGCUGCUUGGCCUGCUGUGUUCAUCCAGCCUCACAUUUUAUUAUCAAGACUUGAACAGAUUGCUUUUGUUUGUGAAGAAUGCAAGAGACCCUUUGUCUGAAUGCUGGCUGCUUCUGAGCCCUUUGCUAAUUGCCCAAGAGCUUGAGGGCCAGUAGUUCCCCACUACUACUUCUAUGGCAAUGCCUCAGCUCAUCGGAGUCAGCCUUUCCAACCAAUCACUAUCCCAUUUCUUCUGUAGCAUAAACAAUUAUGCUUGUUAGAAAUUUGACAUUCGUCCAUUUAUGCUGGAGUGCAAGGCAAAAAAGAACUUCAGCAGAAUGUCCCUGUCAUCAGCCAUAUGAGGUGUUAACUGUGUCUCUCUUCAGACAGCAGAGGCUUGUGACACCAUUAUUUUCCAUUUAUAUUUCCUUAAAAUACAAAAAUCAGUAGGGGGGAAGUGAUUUAUUUGUUUGUGUUGCAGGAUUCGAAGAGGAAGCAGAUGGAGAUUUUCUGCUUUAUACCAUGGUUCAGUUUGUAGCUUGAAAAUCAGGCCUUAACUUCUUUCCAUGUGUUUUUAUGCGCAUUGUGCUUGAUAAGGGUGGGAGAAAUAAAUGUUUCUAUUUUUGAGAAGUUGUUUAAGAACAGCACCACCCACCACACGAACUGGGGAGGGUGAAGAAUAAAAUCUUACUAACUAAACUAGACUUCAGUAAGGAGACAUGCUCCCCAUUGAAUUAAAUCAAAGAGAGGGCCAAGUCCUAAUCACAAGGUAAUAAAUUAUAUUGUUUAUUAUAUCAUUAUUAUUAUUAUUAUAUAAUACUAUAUUUAUAUUAUGAAACUCCUUACUGAUUGAUUUGCAACAACAACUUGCAUUUGCAUAGCACCUUUAAUGUGUAACAUGUCCCAGGGCUUUUCACAGAUGCCUAACAAACAAAUGUGAGUCAGAGUCACAUUAGGAAAUAACAGGACAGUAGAUGAGAACUUGCUGAAAGGAAGGAAUGCUUGAUUUAGGAAUGACUUGGCGGAAAGGAAGAGAGACAGAUGAGUUUAGUGAAGAAAUUCCAGAGUUUACUCCAGUGUCGCUAGAGACAAAUUGGAAGUGCGCAGGAGGCCAGAAUUGGAGGAGCAUAGGGUCAUGCGUAGCAUGAAAUUAAGGUGAUAGGGAGAAGCAAGGGAUGUGAAAGCAAGGACAAGAGUUUGAAAUCAAAACAUUGCUUGUCUGCGUGCCAGGAUAGGUCUGCAAAUGCAGUGCAUGGGGGUUGAGCAGAUUUGUUUGAAUGUACAAUACAUGGUGAUAGAGUGAUACAGCACAGAAACAAACGCUUUAGUCCAACCAGUCUAUGCCAAUCAUAAUCCCAAACUAAACUUGUGCUCCCUGCCUGUGCUUGGCCCAUAUCCCUGCAAAUCUUUCCUAUUCAUGAGUUUAUCUAAAUGUCUUUUAAACAUUGUAACUGUACCUGCAGCUACCACUUUCUUUGUUCAUUCCACAUACAAACCACUCUCUAUGUUUUAAAAAAAAAAGUUGCCCCUCAUAUCCUCUAAAUAUGCCUCCUAGCUUUGAACUCCCCCACCCUAGGUAAGAAAGACCGUUGCUAUUCACCUCGUCCGUGCCUGUCAUGAUGUUAUAAAUCUCAAUAAAGUCAAACUCCUACACUCAAAUGAAAAACAUCCCAGCCUUUCCAUUCUAUUUUUAUAUCUCUCUAACCCUCCAUUCCUGGAAACGUUGUGGUAUAUCUUUUCUGAACCCUCUCUAGUUGAAUAACAUCCUACCUAAAACAGGGCAACCAGAACAGCGCAUAGUAUUCCAGAUGAGGCCUCACCAUUGUCCUGAACAUCCUCAGCAUGACAUCCCAAAUCCAAUACUCCAAGGUCUGAACAAUGUAGGCGAGCUUGCUAAAUACCUUCUUAGCCACCUUGUCAAUACGUGACACAAAUUUUAAAGAAUUCUUUAUUAUCCAAAUUAAAAUCCAUCUUCCACUCCUCAGCCCUUUGACCCAAUUGAUCAAGAACUCUUUGUAAUCAUAGAUAACCUUCUUCACUGUUCUCUAUACCAUCAAUUUUGGUGUAAUCUGCAAAUCUACUAACCAUGCCUCCAGUGUUCUCACCUAAGUUAUUUACGUAAAUGACAAACCUAACUCUGUCAGAAUGCUUUUUGACUGAUAUCCUGCCUCUUGCUGUUGUCGGAUGUGGACUCUCACUGGGAUAGAGAAGUCUACUGGGACAGGGUACCCAGCAGUUAACUUUACCCAAGUGAUGGCCUUCAGCUAUUUGGACAUUGGUCAUUGUAUUGAAGCCCAGUUCACUCUGUUUAUCUCUCCACAGAUGUUCUCAGACCUGCUGAGUUUCUCCAGAAGUUUCUGUUUUGGCUUCAGAUUUCCAGCAUCCAUAAUUCUUUGUUUCAUCUUAAGAACUAACUGGCUUUUUCAGCCAUUUCGGAAGGCAGUUAAGAGUCAUGCACAUUGUUAUGGGUCUGGAGUCACACGUAGGCCAGGCAGCUUGCUGUAAGAACCAGCCAGGCAGCUUGCUGUAAGAACCAUCAAUUACUGUUGUGGUCACUGCUCAAUUUGCCUUCCAUUCCAGAUUCAUGAAUUGUAUUAAAGUUCCAUCAGCUGCCCUGAUGGGAUUUGAACUCCUGUUUCCUCAGCAUCAGCCUGGGGCCUCCUGUGACAGUAGCAUUCUGCCUGCCUCUCAAAACUCAAUUGAGCUGGUGAGAAUGCACUUAACCCACCUCAUAGAGAUGGGAAGGACCAACCGCGCCACACACCCCCCCCCCCCCCCCCCCCACUGUCAUUGCAAUCACCUCUGCCAAGAACCCAGAGACAAGGCGCCGUGUAUCUGACUUCGGAUGGUGAUGAUAGACUGUACUUCCCUGAUGCAUUAGGACUGAUGUGUAAACAGCAAACUCUGCUUCAGGGACAAGAACUGAAACCUCUUCAACUUAAGUGCAAUGUUGGGAUGAAUAUUUUUCCUUUUGUUUCAAUGUUUUAUUUUAGCUUUUUUAAAUGAUUGUGUUAACAUUUGCUGGUUGUCAAAUGUUUGGGUUUUAUUUUCACUUUUUAUUUUGUUAAACAUCCUAAUUGCUGCUGAAAUGGAUUAAUGGAUAAAAUGGGGUUUUCCCUUCUGUAAUAAUUCAACUUAGAUGUAUUCUGUGUUGGUCUUAACGCUGUGCGUAAGUUAACAAUCAUUGAUGUGAUUAAGAUGUUGUGAUUUAUUAGUGUUAAAUUUUUUAUUAAUCUUAAUACACUUACUGCCUGUUU